UCUCUCCCUCCCUCCCUCCCUCUCAAAAAUAAAUACUUAAGAUCCCCAAGGAAUACCUAUACACAUUAAAGAUUAGGACACAUCACUCCAAGGCAGUGUUUCCCCCAAAGCCAGUCAAGGGAAUCUCUUGGGAGUGUACAAAAUUCAGAUUCCUUGGCUUUCCUCUGGUGACUUGGACACAGAAGAUGGGGGAUCCCACGAAUCUGAUACCAGCGAGAGACUCAGGUGAUUAUAAUGGUCAGGUAAGCAUGGGAAACUCCUCACUUACCUCAGUUCCAUGUUCCUCAGGCAAGACCAAGCCACAAAGCCAGAGAAAAACCUCUCCCUCUAGGAUGACAAGGCAGCUGCUUCUCCUUUAGAAACAGGAACUUGGGGAAGGUGGCUCCUUGAUGGUCUGUGAUGCCGUCAGAGGAAAUGGGUGGUUGUGAGAACCACAGAGCCUGCAGAUGUGAGCUGGGAGCCCCAAAGACCCUAUGAUAGAGCUCAAAGAGCCCCGAGCCUUCUUCCCUGGCCUAGCUGUGCUUGGGAGGGCUGCCCAGUUGGGGGUCUCUAAGGAGCAUGAGUCUCCUUUCUCAUCCCAGGUGUACAAAUUGCUGAGCACUGCAGAUGCAGAGCUACCCACAACGAUACCAAGAGCAUCUCUCUGAAGACACUCCCAAGCUGAGGGGAUUCUGGGUGCCCUAGGACUAAGGACUUUGGAAGAUGUCCAGAAGGGCCCUCCAAAGCCCUAUCCUCUCCAGCCAAAGCAUGCAUCUAAGCUGAGCCCUGGCCCCAAGCUUUGAUGACUGGAAACCAAUUUCCCUUGACCCUGUGCUUCUGAGUGGUCUGCUGAGGAACGAUGGGAGGACAGCCCAGCAGAGGGAAAACCCAGCCAAGCCCAAGCUCAAGCCCCUCUGUCCAAGGCCCAGGCCCUGUGCCCACGCAAGCAGAGAGAAACAGGGCCACAGCUGUGGCCCUGAGCAGUUUCCCGGUAGGCGAGCACACACAGCUGUCGCUGAGACUGGGGGAGCCGUUGACCAUCAUCUCUGAAGAUGGAGACUGGUCGACGGUGGUGUCAGAAGUUUCAGGCACAGAAUAUAACAUCCCCAGCAUCCACGUGGCCAAAAUCUCCCAUGGGUGGCUGUAUGAGGGCCUGAGCCGGGAGAAAGCUGAGGAACUGCUGUUGCUGCCUGGAAACUCCGGAGGGGCCUUCCUCAUCCGGGAGAGCCAAACCAGGAGAGGCUUUUAUUCCCUGUCAGUCCGCCUCAGCCGCCCUGCAUCCUGGGACCGGAUCAGACACUACAGGAUUCAGCGCCUUGAUAAUGGCUGGCUGUACAUCUCACCACGCCUCACCUUCCCCUCACUCCAGGCUUUGGUGGACCAUUACUCUGAGUUGGCGGAUGACAUCUGCUGCCUACUCAAGGAGCCCUGUGCCCUGCGGAGGGCUGGCUCACUCCCUGGCAAGCCUAUACCCCCACCUGUGAUUGUGCAGAGGACACCACUCAAUUGGAAAGAGCUGGACAGUUCCCUCCUGUUCUCUGAAGCACCUGGCACAGGGGAGGCCUCCCUCCUCAGUGAGGGACUCCGGGACGCCCUCAGCUCCUACAUCAGCCUGACUGAUGACAGCUCCUUGGAUGAUGCCAGGGACCAAAGCAGAGACCAAAAGGGAAUCCAAGGCUGUGGCACCUAGACUCCCAGCUCAGCUCAGCCGGAGCAUUCAAGGCAAUCCAGGGUCCCACCUAUAUCCUCUCUCAGCCCUAAGAAGUCACUUAACCUUCUCCCAGUGCCAUGAACCCACCUGUAACCUCUAGUUCAAAUAUAGACCAGCUGAAAAUAGGGACAGGGCUCCAAAGAGACUAAACCUCUGGGGUUUGACCCAGUCAGUACCUGAGUUUGGGAUUUCCAGUACCAUCUUCCGCCCCUGCCUGUUGAGUCCCCUUCUAUACCUCCAUAGCCCCACCCAUGAGGUAGAAACCACCACUAGCAUCAA